GGCGCGAAGAGCUGCUCUCCAGGGUAGCUGUGACAAAGCGUUCUAAAGAUAAGCCAGCAAAACCAGGAAGGCGGCGGUCUCCGCAAAAAGCGGAAUCUCGCUGCUGUCGGAGGGGUAGCAAGCGACAGAGAGGACAGAAAGGCAAGGGCGAUUGUCGUUUCAACGGAAAACCACGAGAAAAGCAAGCUCUGGCUCGCAGCCGCUGCGGCGCUGCGCCUUCUGGAAAGCGGGAACCUGUGAUGUGACGCUCAAGUGUACAUACACAGCGUCUCGCUUUUUUGCGGCGGGCGGGUAACAGAUUUCUCUGGAUGUUCGUGGCAUUUCGAGACGCCGUUUUCUCUGUCGGAAGAAGAAUUGCUGGCUGUCUCGGGACUGCACACUUAACAGACCACCGCCUUUGUGUCUUGGGAACAGAGGAACGCGCCGUUUCCUUCAUCUAAAAACGAGUAGUCCGUUCCCCUGCUUGAACUGUGUUUAAGUUUUCAGGCCAAAGAAGGCCGUGACGGAGACUGAAGAGAGAGAAACGCGCCACGGCAUCGUCCUUUUUCGCCUUCUCCUCGUGAUCCAGCCUCAUCUCUUCUUUUUUCGGCGCGUCGGUUCCUCGCUUGCCGUGUGUACUUCGCGCUCGCUCAUUUCUACUUCCGCUGAACUCUCUUCCUCUUGAAUUUCUCCUCCUUUACUCAGCUGCUGUUAAGCCCUUCCCCCUCAUCCGUCUGUAUUCGUCGUCGCAUUUCUUUCGUGCUUCGUCUGAUUCCGGGGGUGUCUUCGUCUUCCGCUGCGCGUAUACACUCAGUGUGAGUUGCCGCCUUUUCCCUUGAAUUUGUUUUUGCCUUUCCUGUUCCUCCGUUCGCAUCGCUCUCCCGGCACCCGGCCUCCACACUGAACUUCUCUUCCUUCACAGCGUCUCCUCCUCUUCCUCCUUCUCCUCUAGCUGUGUUCGGCCAGUUCUCUUCUGCGAGUCUUCACGCUACCUGUCCUCUUCGUCGUCCACGUCACUCGUUUCUUCUGUCUCUGUGUAUGUUCCCCUUCUGUCGCAGCGUCGCGCGAAGGCCUGCAUCUUUGAAUGCAACUUGUGCGCCGUCUUCGCCGAAAAUGUUGCUAGCUAUUCGUGAGUUUGUUUCGGUCGCUCUACUUGCAGCUGUCGCCUCUUUGUUUCUCGGCUUCCUGGACUCCAGGCUCCACGGGAUUGACCUCGUUUUUCAAGUUUUCAAAGUCGAAAUUAUAUGAAACGCGACCAGCAAGCACCAUGCACAAGCUUAUUCCUCCCCAAACCUUAUCUCCCCCGGGGGCUUCUGUUGGGCUCCGGACAGACGCCGUCGCCGCUCCUCUCUCUUCUAUCUCUUCUCGGGUGUCUCCCUCUCGUUCAGCUUUCAGUUCGUCCUCCUCUUCUCCUGUCUUCCCCUCUUCUUCCUCCUCAUCUUCUCCCUCUUCCUCCUCUGCCUCUCCCUCUACUGCUUCGCCGAUACUUCCUUCCUCUUCGUCUGUCUCUUCUUCUUCCUCCUGUUCCCCCCCUUCUUCCUCUGCCUCUCCCUUUUCUUCUUCUCCGGCGUUUCUUUCUUCUUCUUCCUCCUAUUCGUCGACCCUCCCAGAGAGCUUCAGAGACCGGGCAGCGUCUCUGUUGAGUCAGGCGCGUUUCCAGAAGAUUCUGACGCCUCGGCGUCAGAGGCCCGAGGCGCUAGUGUCUGACGGCGCGUCCCUCGUCGGCGUUGGCAGUGAAGCUCACGGAAAGAAAGUUUCUCCUGAGGACUCUUUCGAGUCUGUGGAGGGAACGCCGGAGCUUUCUUUUGUAGACGACCUUUGGCAGUACGUCCUUGGUCGCGAGGAAAGAAAAACCUCCCUCGGCUACGACUACCUUGUAAAGCUCCUCAUUAUCGGAGACAGUUGUGUGGGGAAAAGCUGCUUGCUUUCUCGCUUCGCUCGCGGCCGCUUCCUUCCUCACAGAACCACUCUCGGCGUGGACUUUGAAACACAGACUCUCGACGUAAACGGGAGACGAGUAAAAAUUCAACUCUGGGACACAGCCGGUCAUGAACGAUUUCGAAGUGUCACUCUCUCGUACUAUCGGUCGGCAAUGGGAGCGCUGGUGGUUUUCGAUAUUACAAAGCGAGAGUCCUUUGAAUCUGUGCAGUCUUGGCUGCGCGAGUUGGAGGACCGCGCGCCCCAAAAUGUGCAGAAAGUUCUCGUCGGCAACAAAGCCGAUGUAGAAAAUCGAGCUGUGUCGAGAGAAGAAGCGCGUCGCUUGGCAGGGGAGCACAACUUGCAUUACAUCGAAACGAGCGCGAAGACGGGGCAGCAUGUGAGAACGGCGUUUGUCGACUUGACGCUCCAAGUUCUCCGCUGCCUUCGCCAGCUGGAGCUGCAGUGCACAUAUACCUCCGACAAGGUGGAUGGACAGAGCGACACAAGUCGCAUCAAUCACGCACUGAGCAACGGCACUUUGGACGUCGUUCAACUCGCUGAGGGCCCGGUGGAGAGACAAGGGGGUCUGCUUGGAGAAACUUUCGGGCGAUUCUUCGGAAAGAAAAGGAACAGGAGUUCUGCCGUUCGAAGGGGCACAGUGCGAAUGCAGUUCCACAGAUACCCUGUCGACGACUACCUCGAUUCCUGUCUCGACGUCUAGGGAAGGAAAAGGUAGAAACGAAUCUUCUUUUUGUGAUGCCCAGGGACGAAGCGAAAGAAACCCUACACUUGGUGGGAAUGCGUCUCGUCUCAGGUGGAUGCGAGGCGCACGACCACACUAACUGAACUGGCUUCCUUGCUGACAUGGAUCCGGAUCUUUCGCAUAGAAAGAGAGAAAAAGAGAAGGACGGAGACGACAGAAACAGGUUGCACUCCCCUCGUCUGUCGAGACACAGUGCGAC